ACCGGCGCACCUAUCAAGAGAAGCGAAGAAGCGCAUAUAUUGGAUCUUUGCUGUACCGGUCACAAUGUUAAGAACUAUCGGCUGACUCUAGGUGCUCACAAUGUGUUAUACCUACAUACUAUUAUCGAUGGGGCGUAGUUUUGUGGUGGUGACCAGCGGUUCUUGCCAUUCGGCUAUAUAAGUGCUCGGAAAACUUCUUAUCGGCAGUCAGUUCUCAAACGCUAGCUUGUUUGCUUGCUUAACGCAACCGAAGUCACUGUCGUGAUAGUAGUGCACCCCCCACGAGCUCAACCGGAAAAAAACAUGGCAUCCUUCAAAGCAACCCUGCUGUUAGCCGUAGUGGCUCUGCUUGCAAUCGUCCACGCCAUCCCUGCCCCGCAGCAGCCGGCGGCGCGGCAACCGAUCGUCCCACAGCCCUUAGGCGCAGCACCUCGCUCGCCGGAUGACCUGGAAGCUGGUUCCGAUGACGACGAUCUGAAGGGUGCCUCUUCGUACGGCUUCGGAUACUACGGUGGCUACCCAGGAUACGGAUACGGAUACGGUGGAUACCCAUACGGCUACGGCUACGGAUGGGGUCGUUAUCCUUACUACCGGUACGGAGGACUGUACGGAGGCUACUGGUAUUAGAAAGCCCAGCUGAAGUCACGCAUCCCAUCACCUGACGUGCCGUAUUUCAUAACUGCGCCAUACGUUUCCGGUUUCGUUGUCCAUUUCUUCCAUCCCAUACUUGACUCAGUACUCUCUUACUUACGUACCUACGCACACAGAAGAAUAAGGUGCCGCGAAGUGCUUUGUUCUAGGCUAAUGAUCCAAAGGUAAUGCAUGCUUGUAUCAUAUUGGAUGUAUUUUGUUCGAUAAUACCCCGCCACUUUCGCACGUUCGCGAUUCUGCUUUUUAUUUUUCAUCAGCUGAAAAAGAAAUUAAACUAAAGAAGUCGUGCGCAAAGGGAUUACCUUUCCGUUGUUAUAGUUUUUUGUUUGUUUUGCAUUCAAAAUGCUGCCAAGAUUACGAAAAAAUGACAAAAAAACUCUUGUAUAUAUGUGUAUCCUAUGUUUUCUAAUAAAAAAUGUUACCACA